AUGUCCACCACCAACUUCAAAGGUGACCAUGACGAUUAUUUAAACACAGGAGGGGUCCAGUCUGUUGGUAUAUUGAAUGAAGCCAAGCGACAGUCGGCUAUCAAUCAUAAGUCAGUACCCGAUAAUCUAUAUCUCCAAGGUUAUGGUAGACAAUUCGGAGAUAAGAUGACCUAUUCUGUGGGGUUAUCCUACGGCAGUGGUAUGUUGGUUGGUGGUACAUUUGGUGUAUUAAAAGGACUACAGAAGGGUGGGGCCACUUCUAAGCUACGAGUUAAUGCAGUAAUGAACGCUAUGUCCACUCAAGGGCCGGCUUUGGCUAAUCAAGCUGCUAUCAUAACAAUGUAUUAUGUGGCAUUCAAUGGGUUGGUAUCAUGGGCUCGUGGUGGAAAAGAUGACCAAUUCAAUGCUCUUGGGGCUGGGGCUCUUAGUGGAGCACUAUUCAAAGCCACUAGUGGUAGUUGGAUAGCAGUAGCCAAAUACAGUGUAGCAUCAGCAGCUGUCUUCACGGUCGUUGACUUCGCCAUCCGUAAUAAUUAUAUAUAA